AUCAAUACGUCAAGCUUGUGACUGGUCAUCGGUGGACGAAUCGUGGAGGUGGCGCAUUUUCAGUAAUUGGUGAUUGGAGAUCUCCAAAUAUUAGUCUGAUUAUUGGUUACUGUGUCCCAUUAACUUUGGACCGCGGCUAAUAUUUUUCUAAAACUCUUUUGUAGUAAAUUAAUUUCGUUAUUGAAUUGCUGUAAUUUAUUUUGACGAGGUCGUCCAUUAUCGGUGUUGUAAUUCAAGAUGUCGGUGUGUUUCUUUGUGCCUGCUGACCAAGCCGGGACCUCAACAGCGGAGGAGUCUCUCGAGCAGGAGGGGCCGGCAGAGGACUCCGCUGACACCCAGCAUCAGAACCUGCAGCAGUUUUGGGCCAAGGUCACUGAUGAUAUCAGGAAGGUCACUGCGGAAGACUUCAAAACCCAAGCACUGCCUUUAGCCCGCAUAAAGAAGAUCAUGAAGCUAGACGACGAAGUGAAGAUGAUAUCUGCCGAGGCCCCUGUCCUCUUCGCCAAGGCAGCCGAGAUCUUCAUCCACGAGCUCACCAUGCGGGCCUGGAACCAUACCGAGGAUAAUAAGAGGAGGACUUUGCAGCGCAACGACAUAGCGAUGGCGAUAUCCAAGUCCGACCAAUUCGAUUUCCUAAUCGACAUCGUGCCGCGACAUGAGGUUAAACCGAGCAAGCCGCGAGAGGAUCCCCCCAGGCAUACCGCCACCGAACAUGUGGUGCAGCAACAGCAAACGUUGCAGACUUCAAACCAGCAACAAUUUGUCAUACAGCCGUGCGCCCAAGUUGUGCAGCAACAGUCCCACAGCGCGGCCCCGAGCGUUGUGCCGCAGCCCGUGACGCUCGUGCAGCAGGUGGUGACUCCGCAGGGCGACGUGCAACAACUGCCGUUGCAGCUAACGCAGGCGCAGUUGAACAUGAUCCGGCUGCAGGUGCAGAAUAACCCGACGCAACCCAUCAUAAUACAGGCGCAGCCACACAACUCGCAGAUUAUACAGGUAUCGUCGCAAGCGCAGCACCAGCCACAGCAACAGGUGUUCCUGCAAGUAGCCAGCCAGGAAGACUCCUAGUAAACUCGACGCGGGACUCGAGUCUCGUAAAAACGAGUCUAGUCUUUCAAAAGACUCGAGUUCCUACCAACACCAGUUUCAGUCUUUAGUAUCCAGACUAGUCAAUUUUUCGCCAAUCUGAUUAAAUUGUCCGAUCGAAUCAGGACGUGCGGACGCAAACACCAAUUUGGCUCGCCGAAUUCAACCGCCGAUAAUGACCGGUAUUACCGAUAAAAUGAGGUAACGACGCAAGAAUACCAAUUUGUGACGCCAGUAUUUUCGUUCUGGGGCAUUUUUUCAAUUUAGAGGGCACUAAUAUCACCAUAAAUCAAAAAUUGGUGAUUAAAUUGGAGAUUGGCGCCAAUUAUGUUCCUGAUCAAAUCGACCGAUUAGAUCAGAUCAGGCCCGUCUGGAUACCACUUUAACCUUUUCGACGCCGUGUCAAACACAAAAGCUGUCACUCGGACGCCACGUCACGGAAGUGCCAUAACUGAAAUUGAACUUUAUGCAUAUGCACGUAGGUCUAUGUUGCUCCGAGGUCUGUGACCGAUUAAUCCGUCUUUGGCGUUGGACCUGCAGUGCGGAUAUAUCGGUCAUUGGCGUCCAAAAGGUUAAAACUCGGCUACCUUCGACUAGAAAAUCAGCAACUUCUUUACUAACCGCCUUGAGUAAGCGGUACAGUCGCCAUUAGAUAUAUCGGAGCGGCCAAGGUGCUCACAAAUAUCUGUACACGCCUCUAUUGUCAAGCCAAUUAAGCUCCCAUAUUGUACGCCUCUGGGGCAGGACAUUGAAGACCGUUGUACAGUCAGCAGCAGAAGUUGCUAAGCGGGCCAGGUGUUCAAAAUGAUCUUGUCGUGACGUAAGAGAAUA